AUGUGUGAAGGGGAAUUCGAAUCCAUCAAAGCUAUUAACGGCGUCUCCCCAACCCUUGCACCAAAGCCCUGGGUCUGGGGCAAAUAUAAGGAUGAAGAAAGCUACUUCAUGCUUACAGACUUCCGGGAGGUUGGUCAACAACCUCCAGACCCGGCCAAGUUUACUGAAAGGCUGGCUGGCUUGCACAAGAAUUCGGUUUCGCCAACGGGCAAAUUCGGUUUCCAUACAACUACCUGCCAUAGUACCAUAACCCAAGUCACUGAUACAUGGGAACAGUCGUGGGCGGUGCUCUAUCGCAAGCAACUGGGCCAUAUGUUUGCUAUGGACCUGGCUAAGCACGGUCGAUGGCCCGAGUUUGAACAGCUGUGUGAUAUAACGCUGAACAAAGUUAUACCUAGGCUCCUCGAGCCUCUUCAGAGUGAUGGAAGGAGUAUAAAGCCCUGUCUUCUUCACGGGGAUUGCUGGGAUGAGAAUACAGCAACAGACCGGGCCACUCAAGAACCAUUCAUAUUUGACGCAGGUUCUUUCUACGGCCACAAUGAGUACGAUAUUGGGAACUGGAGAGCGCUUCGUCAUCGUCUCAGCGAGCCUCGUUAUGUAGAGAGCUACAAGAAAAACUUCGAGCCUUCUGAGCCGAGUAUGUGA